AUGGAAUUAUUGACACGAUUUGUACCGGCAAAUCUUUUUAGAUUAACUGUAUCUAGAAUAUUAUUAACUAAUGUAGCACAUUAUACAAGAUUGGCAGAAGUGGGCAAGUUAGAAACGCCAAAGACGACAGGAAAAUAUGAUACGGGUCAACUUAUUUUGCAUAAAGUAUUUGGAUAUAGAGGCGUCAUAUUAUUUCCUUGGCUAGCAAGAGUUUACGAUAGGGACGCUACUAACAAAAAAGAAUAUGCAGAGAGUUCUAGCACUUCAGAAGCCACUGGAGAUUCUUUAUCGAAUGUUGGCAAAGAAGUUAAGGGCAGAACUCACACCUUUUAUCAAGUCCUCAUAGAUACUCGGGAUGCACCUUAUAUACGGGCGCAAACAGAAGCUGUGACGUUCCUGGGCAACCAGGAAUCAAGUAGAAGUCUCUAUGCUAUCCCUGGCCUAGAUUAUGUAGCGCAUGAUGACAUUAUACCCUAUACAUCGGUUGAGCGAGUGCCUUUACAACACGAACUAUUCGACAAGUUUCUCAUGCAUAAUCCAGAUAAAGAUCCCCCGUUCAUAGCGCAAGAGACGCUCCGUGCGUGGCAGAAGAAGAACCACCCAUGGCUGGAGUUGAGUGACGUACAUCGUGAGACUACAGAGGGUGUGCGAGUCACCGUCAUACCGUUCUAUAUGGGCAGCCGGGAGUCGCAGAACUCCGCCGUCUAUUGGUGGCGUUACUGCAUCCGCCUGGAGAACCUGGGCGCGCAGGCGGUGCAGCUGCGCGAGCGCCACUGGCGCAUCUUCUCCCUCUCCGGCACUCUGGAGACGGUGCGAGGGAGGGGGGUGGUCGGCCAGGAGCCCGUGCUGGCCCGGCACGCGCCCGCCUUCCAGUACAGCAGCCACGUGAGCCUCCAAGCGCCGAGCGGCCACAUGUGGGGCACGUUCAGAAUGGAGCGCGAAGAUGGUUACACUUUCGAUUGCCGUAUCCCGCCGUUUUCGCUGGAGAGCAAGCCCGACGAGGGCGCCCCUGUCGCGCCCACGCCCGCCGCC